AUCGAGUCACUCUGGAGUGACAAGAGCUGGAACAGAAAACCUUGCUGUGACUAGCUGAUACUUCUCAUUCAAUCUUCUUUUCUCUACUAUCUACCAAUCUAUCCAAUACGAUGUCUGCACCAGUGGUUCAGGGCCUCUCCUCCUUGGGCUCUCAGGCUGGACAAUAUGCCAGGCGUCAGGCCAACACAUGGAGAGACAGACUCUUGACUACAGACAAAUCUCGCCGUAGGGCACAGAUUGUUCAGACCUCGUUCGCAGUCCACCGACCCGUCUGGGUUACGGCUGGUGGCGCUGCAUACACAACGGCAGCGGCAGCACUGCUCACACUACGAUACAUGAAACGACUACGAUGAAGGAAUGAAUGGAAGGAGGGGUAAGGAGAUCCUUGAUGGAUGGUGACAGGGAUGUUUCUGGUAAACAUACACAUACAGCGGGGGACUGGUCCACGACUGCUAUUUCAUUUCCUUUGUGACUUUUCUUUUUUUCUUUUUUCUAUUUCUGAUUUAUGACCAGUGGGAAAUAUUGACUGUUUCUUUUAUUGGGGGCGGGUGAUUUGUCUAUAGCCGCGCCGGAUGGCAGGGAUGGCGUUACGGAAUUGUUACAUCCAGGAAACUCAAUGAAAAUGAUGAUCCAUCUGAACACCAACG